AAGCCGAAUUCGUCUCCAAAGCCGCAUCUCAUUCAAUUGCUUUGCAUAUAACUUAUCCGCGAACUUAGCCUGUUCUGCUGUGGGGGCAUAUAUAUUGAACUGCGUACAUCCUACUAUCCAGAGCUCCCUGAAACUCUCCCACGUUUUGCCGUUCUAGCAGCAUGGUACCGCGAUUCUCCAACCCACAUCUGUUAACAGAGACAGCUCGACAUGUCUCCCGUGCAGAGAUCUAUGCAGAGCCUGAAGAGGACCUCACGCAUACCCAUCAUGCGGAACUAGAAGUUACCGCGCUUGCAUCUCUAGAGUCCAUUGUCAAACGCUCUCUGGGUGAUAUACAGUUAAACAACUUGGAUGCGAUUCAAGAUGAACCCAAGAAGAAACGGAGAAAGACGAAGCAUGUCUCAACGGAUGUAGAUAUGGACGCAUCGACAAUGGGUAAUGAUGCUAUUCCCUUCCGUCUUCUUUCGAGCGCGAAGGAACCAACACUGGUAUCGUUGCAACCGCGUCCUCCACCGCCUGUGAAGGUCCUGGAACCUGCCAGUGAGGACGACGAAGACGAGGCAAGAAUUAGGUCUCAGCGAGCCUCUGAAGUAGCAGUGGAUAUGUCAUGGCUUCUCAGAGAGUCUCAAAGACCUUAUCGCCCGCGUCCCCGAGAACCAAAACUACACCAAAUUACACUUCCUUCCUCUGACAUACCCACAUCACCAAUUAUAGUAAUGGAGAGGCCCCAACAAAACGCCAAGCAUAACCUAGUAUCCCCUCGUAUCCCUCAGAAAGAGAAACCUUCACCACAUAUUCUCAACCCGGAGAAGCUUCGUCACCCUAUCGUUGAACUCCUCUUACCUUCCAAAUUAAUGGAACACUCAACCACACGGCGACGAAGACGGAGGAAGCCCAAAGAUCAACCUCCACGACCACCAGCGACGUUUUGGCGGCCAAUGGGAGAAUGGGGAGGAAAGAGUGUGGGCUAUGCGUUAGGGUAUCAGAAUAGUAAUGCGGUUUGGUCGGAAGGUGGACGGUGGAGACCAUAUCAGAGGGAUCGUAUGCGCAAAGCUACCUUUGUUGUAUAACUGCCAUUGAUGCUUUGCAACUGCUAACUGAUGCGAGAUAAAGCAAAAGGAAGUAAUUCGACCAUCUAUGAUAAGCAAAAGAAAACCGCCAAGAGUGCUAGCACUAUAUAGUGUACGGAAG